ACCAAUACUAUCUAAUUUGAAUCCUUCUCCAUUUCAACUAUAUAUAUAUUCCACUUUCCCUUUCUUCUUUUCUCACCAAUCUCUUUCUUUCCAACAUUUCUCUCAGAUCUACGUGAAUGGUAGAAACCGUUUUCCCUUUCCCCUUCGAUUUCAUGCGCUCCUUUUCACCAUCAACAACGGCGAGCGCUCUCUUCCUCCCUUCUCUCUUCCCCUUCGCUUCUUGCAUGCAAGGUUGGCACUAUCGCUGCCUCGGUCUCGAUCCAUAGAAACCCUAAUCCAACAAUUUUCCACAUUCUUUCAAAAUUGACUCAAUUUAGUAACUAGAUUCUUGGGCGUAGUUUGUUGUUUGUGUUUUUUUGGUUUUGUGAUUUGUAGUGUGGUAAUAUAAGGACGCGAUGUUGUUGAGCAAGCAUAAGAAGAAUCACAACGCCAACAGCGGCAAGAGGCUGUUGGUUAGUAUCAAUGUGUUGGGAAGCGCUGGCCCGAUUCGGUUUGUUGUGGAUGAAGAGGAGCUUGUUGAGGCUGUUAUUGAUACUACUCUGAAGUCUUAUGCACGCGAAGAGCGAUUGCCGCGUCUGGGGAGUGAUCAUAGAGCUUUCUUUCUUUAUUGUCCUCAUCAUGGAUCUGAUGUGGCUUUGAGUCCAUGGGACAAAAUUGGAUCACAUGGAGCUCGGAAUUUCGUGCUAUGCAAGAAGCCACACACUACAAAUGAAGCAGCUGAUAAUGGAAGUAGGACUUCGUCACUUUCACGAAGGGGAAAUGGUAGUUGGAAGUCUUGGUUCCACCUCAACCUUAAAAUUUCUUCCCAUUAAUGAAUCAAAUUGAGACUGGGGGAUCAAACAUUUGCUACAAUGUUAUAUGAUUGUUGGGUAAAUUUACUUUUAUGAUUCAUCUUGGCUGUGUUUGUUUUUAAGUUGUCUCUGUUGGCACUAACCAGAGACAACAGGUUUGAAUUCUGGCAAGAAUAAAGUAUUUUUGAUGUAUUUGGUAUGAGCCUUUGAAUUUUUCAUGGAAUAAAAUUUAUGUUUUGAAUUUUGCCAA